AAAGAAAACAAAAGAUAACUAAAAAAGAAAGAAAAAAAAAUGUGUGGGUACUAAAUUGAGUGGUGAGAGAGAUGAGAUGAAACAGUGGAACCCAAACACUUUUCUAUAUUUGGAAUUUUGAGAUUAGAAACCUACAAAUUCAUUCACAAAAACCAAACCCAGUUUCGUUUUCGAUUCAUAGACUCUCAAACUCAAACUCAACAUAAGAAAAGUACCAAACACGUCUUGAUCUUCUGACCCAAUUCAUCCUAAAGCCAAACUCACCGCCUAAAACCCCUUUCUACGAAGAAACCCAAGUCCCCCAAAACCAAAAGACACUCUCUUUCUCGCUUUUACCUUUUCAAAAUCCAGUCUUUGAGGUCAAUGUAACAGACCCAGAUGCAAUUUCAUGCGUAUGUAUAUAUACACGACGAUUCACCAUGAUAUCUCACUUGGGUUUUGUUAAAACAUUGUGAAUAAUAGCUUCUGAGAUGGGUGGACAUGGCGGAUCAUCAGAUGGGCAAACCUUUAGAGAUUUCAUAGUUCAUGCUGGCUCUGGAGCCUCCGCUGGUGCUAUUGCUGCUACAUUUGUGUGCCCUUUGGAUGUGAUUAAGACAAGGUUGCAGGUUCAUGGGGUUCCCUCUGGCCAUAAAGGUAGUAUUAUUGUCUCCAGUUUAGAGAACAUAAUAAAAACUGAAGGUUUGCGGGGGUUGUAUCGCGGCCUUUCACCAACAAUACUAGCCUUACUUCCGAAUUGGGCGGUUUAUUUCACUGUAUAUGAGCGACUAAAGCACCUUCUUCAUUCACAUGCUGUAGCAGACGACAGCCAUCACCUCACAAUAGGCGCAAACAUGGUAGCAGCUGCUGGUGCAGGGGCCGCCACAGCUAUUUCAACAAAUCCAUUGUGGGUUGUAAAGACUAGGCUUCAAACACAGGGAAUGAGGCCUGAUGUAAUUCCAUACAAAAGCAUAUUUUCCGCUUUAACCAGGAUUGCACACGAGGAGGGCUUUCGGGGAUUAUAUAGUGGAGUCCUGCCCUCAUUGGUGGGAGUAAGCCAUGUCGCGAUUCAGUUUCCAGCAUACGAGCAGAUCAAGUAUUACAUAGCUAAAAAAAAUAAUACAACUGUUGAUAAGCUAAACAGUGGCAGCUUUGCAAUUGCCUCAUCAAUAUCGAAAGUAGUUGCAUCGGUAUUGACAUACCCUCACGAGGUUGUGCGCUCGAGGUUGCAAGAACAAGGGCAUUCCCGAAAUACUGAGGUGCGAUAUGCAGGGGUUAUAGAUUGUGUUAAGAAGGUGUUUAGAAAAGAAGGUAUUCCCGGCUUCUACCGAGGCUGCGCUACCAAUCUAUUGAGAACAACCCCAUCCGCCAUCAUAACCUUUACAAGUUACGAGAUGAUACAUAGAUUCUUGCAAGGGCUUGUUCCUCCCGACGAAAAUAAUUCACAAGAUUACCCGAAAAAAACAUCGGAUGGGAAUGGAGAGAUGGUGAAAGAAAAUAACAAAUCAGUUUUAGGCCAAUCUCAAUCCCAAUUAAAUACAAGAACAACACCAAUUUAAUGAGAGGUGCUAACAAAGCAUGACACUAAUUGAUGUUCUUAUCAUAUUUAGUGAAUUUCUAGUACUAAGAAUUGAGUCAGAUUUAUUUGAAAGGUGAAUAAGUAAUUUGUAAUUGCAUUUUUUUUUUGUGAGGAAACUUUUUGUGUUGGAUUGAUUGAAUAUAGUUUGAACAAUUCUUUGUUAAGUAAUGUGCAAGCAAGCAAAUAAUAUAAAUGUAUUUUUAUUUUUCAAA